GAGCUGCUGCUGCUGCUGACUGACCGACUGUCUAAUCCAGGCUUCUCCAGCUUCCCUGCAACAACAGCCAGCGGGCACCACAGGGAGGACGAUCCGGGAACUGGAUGCUUCUAGCGGCGGGGGCUCCGGCGGAGGCACCCGCGUUCUGUACCGGCUGCGAUUUCAGGGUCCUGUCAGCCUCGCUUCGGUGAAAUCAAGACUUUUCCCAUUUGUUGAGUUUCAGAGGAGAGUUGCAAACAGCGCAUCGGAUACCGGGACUAUUAUCCUACCUGUGGCAAGAGGAGAAGCAGCAGCAGCAGGAACAUGUUAAUAGUAAUAAUAUUAAUGCUGACAGACUAUGUUUUUGAAUUUUUACAAUAGAUAAAAUCCCUAUUGUACUUUAUGCACCGCGACCAGGAUCCGAGCUCUACUCUAAAGUUAGAUUUGAGGGGGAAAAAAUAAAAGGAUAUUGCUGUUAUGGUCUGUGUUUGAAUUUUAUUGGUCAGUCCAACACCCAUUUCCUCAGUGAUCUCAGUGAUCAGUGGCAUUUUUGUUGAAGAAAACAGAUCAAACAAAGGAGAUUAAAAGAGCGCACGAGAGACAACCAGGACCAUGAUCAGGAUCUUCCCGGAUUUCAGCGUCCAGGUUACAGCCUCGGCGACCGGAGGAGUCGGGUCUGGCGGUGGAGGAGGUGGAGCCGCUGGGAUGGUGACCGGACCUCCGGUAGGUCGAGUGCCGGUUCCGGUACCUGGAGCAUCGAACGGGACCCCACAGGGAAUGUCCGCAUACCAGCAAAGUGACCCAUACUGGGAGCGGCCGUCUAAUACAGGCAGCUGCUCGACUGCCCGGCCCAAGACCCUCCACCUGGCCGGCCAGCAGCAUACCUCCUCACCAUGGCUGCAAGCUCUCCGGAAGGAAAAGUCCAGAGAUGCUGCAAGGUCACGACGGGGGAAAGAGAACUUUGAAUUUUAUGAAUUAGCCAAGAUGCUUCCGCUACCUGGUGCCAUCACCAGCCAACUAGACAAGGCCUCCAUCAUCCGGCUCACAAUCAGCUACCUAAAGAUGAGGGACUUUGCCAACCAGGGGGACCCACCAUGGAACUUGCGAAUUGAGGGACCUCCGCCGAAUACCUCAGUGAAAGCUAUCGGUACUCAGCGGAGGAGGACUCCCAGUGCCAUUGCCUCUGAGAUCUUCGAACCUCACCUGGGUAGCCACAUUUUACAGUCACUGGACGGUUUCGUAUUUGCACUAAACAAGGAAGGACGUUUCCUCUACAUCUCUGAGACUGUUUCCAUUUACCUGGGGUUGUCACAGGUUGAGCUUACAGGAAGCAGUGUAUUUGACUAUGUCCACCCUGGUGAUCACGUGGAGAUGGCAGAACAGCUAGGCAUGAAGCUUCCUCCAGGGAGAGGGAUGACGCUGUCCCAAGGCGUUGUCAGUGAAGAUGGGGCAUCCUCAGCUUCAUCGUCUUCACACUCUGAGACGCCUGAACCAGUGGAGUCCAGCAGUCCCAGUCUUUUAUCUCCUGAUAACUCUCUGGAACGAUCCUUCUUCAUCCGGAUGAAGUCUACUCUCACAAAGAGAGGCGUGCACAUCAAGUCCUCAGGAUAUAAAGUGAUCCACGUCACAGGGCGUCUGCGAAUCAGGAUGGCUCUGACGCACAGCCGCUCAGUGCCUAAUCAGAUCAUGGGAAUGGUGGUAGUAGCCCAUGCCCUCCCACCACCCACAAUUAACGAGGUUCGCAUUGACUGCCAAAUGUUCGUCACCAGAGUCAACAUGGAUCUCAAGAUUGUCUACUGUGAGAACAGAAUCAGUGAUUAUAUGGACCUGACUCCGGUGGACAUUGUAGGCAAGAGGUGCUACCAGUUCAUUCACGCAGAAGAUGUAGAGGGAAUCAGACAAAGUCACCUGGAUUUGAUGAAUAAAGGUCAGUGUGUUACAAAGUAUUAUCGAUGGAUCCAGAAGAAUGGUGGUUACAUCUGGAUCCAGUCCAGUGCCACCAUUGCCAUCAACGCAAAGAAUUCCAGUGAGAAGAAUAUAAUUUGGGUCAACUAUGUCCUCAGUAACCCUGAGUAUAAAGACACACCUAUUGAUAUUGCCCAGUUGCCAAAUCUCCCAGAGAAAGCAUCGGAGUCCUCUGAAACCUCCGACUCUGAGUCUGACUCCAAAGAGAACUCUGACAACGAAAAUGCAAAGUCUGAAGGAAAGACAGGUCACCAAGCAGAACACAGAGAAGAUCCAGAAACGGAAAGCAAGCGUCAGCAGCAGCCUGGUCAAUCACAUUGCCCAUCUGAGGAAAAAAAGGACCAUGAUGAAGGAGACAGUUCAAGUAACCCUGAAAGUCAGGACAGUGAUGACAGUCUGGAGCCCACAGAUGGAGAGCAAGAGCAGGAGGUGUCCCGAGGAGAGGGAGGAGGACUGGAAAGCAGAUUGGGGAGAUUAUCUGGCCUGGGAGCUUUGGAGGGACUGAAUACCAUCAGUGGACUUGGUCAUUUCGGAGGACUCCAUAUCAAGGUGGAGCACUAUGGAGAGGGAGAGGAAGAACUCCACGGCUCACAAAUUUCCUCAUCAGAAGAGGAGGAAGACGAGGAAGAUGGGGAUGCUGAUGAGGUAGAGGAUAGAGAAAGACAAAGGUGUGAUGAUGCUGGUUCUGGCAGCAAGCUUCAGAAGAGACGGAAAAGGAGGAAAGUGCAAAAAUGGGAUGGAUCGCGUAGCAGGAGGCUUCGGAUGUCCGCAACUCCACCCAGCCCUGUAGCAAUAGGUGAUUCUACACCACAGGCCCACCCCUCAGGGGGCACCUCCGUCGCUUCAACACAGCUGCUAGCUUCCUCUGAUUCUCCAAACAGCACAGAGGCUACAUCCUCUGUUCUAAAAAUCAAGACAGAAAUGGCAGAGCCAAUAAAUUUUGACAAUGACAGCAGCAUCUGGAACUACCCCCCCAACAGAGAGAUUUCUAGAAACGAGUCUCCAUACAGUAUGACUUCCAAGCCUUCCGGUCCAGGGAGUCAGGAGACGUUUCCUUCACCACAGGGUGGCUCUCUCCAGGUCGCCAUUCCUGACUCGGUCCUCACUCCUCCUGGACCUGAAGGGGCAGCAGGGGGAUUGAGAAAGCUCCCUUACAAUGGAAAUUCAACCUCAUCCUCUUCUUUGAGUGCUACAAGCUUAGCUCCUCCUUCAAACUCUUCCUCUGCUGACCCCCUUUCCCCUCCCCUCUCUGCAUCUCCUCGAGACAAGCAACAAGGCACACCCACAACCUCCUCGAUUUCUUCCUCAUCUGCAACUUCAAGCUCUUCUUCUUCGCUGCUGUAUUCUGGGGAUCUUGAAGCACUCCAGCGUUUGCAAGCCGGGAAUGUCGUCCUUCCACUGGUUCACCGUGUCACAGGAUCUCUGUCCUCUACCAGCACCACAGCUCCACGCGUCUACACGACCGGGACCAUAAGGUAUGCGCCAGCAGACGUCACUCUGGCCAUGGCACAGGGAAAUCUCCUUCCCAAUGCUGCCAUGAACUUUGUCGAGAGCUCAGGGUUUGGUCUUGACCCUAAGACUCCAAUGGAGAUGCUCUACCAUCAUGUUCACAGGCUAAACAUGUCUGCUGCAGCAGCUGGAGGCCCAUUUGUUGGAUCCCCAGCACCCACAGUGGGUAACGGCACCUUGGGAGGCCAUAUGUCAGCGACAGCCAAUGUUUUUACCACAGCAGAGGGACUUUUCUCGACGCUGCCAUUUCCUGUUUACAGUAACGGGAUCCAUACUACGCAGACAAUGCUGGAAAGAAAGGAGGAUCAAUGAAACACAUCCAUGACCGCAUUACUGUGUUUAAGCAUUAACAACUGUGUGAACUCAAAGAUUCAGUAGUAACAAUAGUAAGAGAGAAUUUAUCAACAUGGGGCAGCACUGUGUUUGAAGAGGAAGCAAGGGACAGGAAACGACAAACGUACUUAAGCACUUUGAGCUACUGACCUGGUGGAAGACAUCGACGGCCCUCACAACCCCUUUUCUAUGGUUUUUCUUCCUCACUGGUCUCUCUUUUCUUCCAUUUAUUGUAAUCAGUGACAUUUUUGUCUUAAACAGAUUAAAAAAGAAAAAAAGCAGCAGUUCUUUACUGUGAAGAAUUCCUUUUUGCCUACUGAGAAUUCAUGUUGCCUAAGGAUUCUACUGGAGCCUGAAGGGAUCAUUUUAAUAUACCACUUGUUUGGGUUGCAUCUUUAUGAAGAUGUUGAUUGUGUACUUUCAGGAGAUUGGUACAGGUAUUUGUGACACAUAGAAAAUAAGAUGUUUUGUGCCUCUCCUCCUUAUGUAUCUUGAUGUUAUCAAGGCUAAAAAAAAAAGUUUUUAACCUGAGAGGAGAGGUCAGCUGUCUCGGAUCUUUUGACAAAAGAUUUUUGCAAAUGUUUCUUGGUUGAGGGGACAGUAAUCAAUGCUUUUUGCUCUUCUAAUUCUUCCUUUCUAUGAAAUAUUCUAGCUCAGAUGUAACUUUGAAAUCAAAUAUUAUACAGAAAAACAAAAAAAAAGCAAUUUCAGCCGGGUAAUGACCUGUGAACUAUCGAAUGUUACUACAAGUUUCCUCAUUUAUCUGAGGAGUUUACCUACAGGUCUCACGCCAAACAUAACCUCCACUACAUCUACUCCCAUCUCAGUCCUUCAAGCUUUCUUGUCUUUCUUCUGCUUCUCUGACCUUUAACUGUCCUUAUUUUUAUCUGGCUGUUCUACAGAUUCGUGGUGCUAUCAAAUGUCCAUUUACCCAGAUUCAGCUGGCUGAUGUGGGUAUUGUAAAUUGACCCCCCCAGCUCGCUGAUAGACUGAUUAUUGUUCUUUUUAUGAUGAGGGAGUGUUUUAAAGUAUUACUAAACUUCAGGAAUAUCUGAAUACAGCAGCAUCCUCACUGUGUCCCCGUCUGAUCGAUCAGAAAACAAGGGACAGCUGCACACAACAAAGUGAAGUUGAUCACUACAUGUUUAGGCUGUAUUCUAUUCUUGUACUUGAUAAAAGAGUCAUUUUUGAUUCUCUGUAGGACUGAGCCUAAAUACCUAACAUGUCUAAGUAAAAAAAAAAAAAACGAAUGUUAACAACCUUUAUAGGAUUUUGUUUUUCUAUUUUUUGUUAAUUUUGUUUCCUCUUCGCCUUUUUUUCCUAAACCAGAAUCACCUCCACAACAUUUUCCUCAACAAUCCUCUCUCUUCCAUUUCAUCACCAGACCCUGUGAUUAAAAACAACAUAUCAAUAAGGAGAUUGUAAUAAAGACAUGCAUUUUCAAUCAAUCUGUCAAACAAUCAAUGUAUAUGGGGAGUAAAAGUGGGAUUUACUUUUGGUUUAGAUGAACAAAAAAAGGGAAAAUCCCUCUUAUAUAAAAAAAAGUUUAUCUUUGCUUUUGCUCUGGUUGUGUCCUUCUUCCCCUUGCCUCCUUUGCCAAAAAAAAGAAAAAAAAGAAAUGCUAAUUUCACACGUUGGUGUUUGAAAAGCACUGUGAUUCUUGCUCAUUUGUAAUUUUCCUCUACUUUUUUGGUAAAAGAGAAAAAAACAUAAGUAAUAAAUCAAACUGUAAUAAGCUAUCACAGUGUCUAUCUUCUGAAAGUUGACAGCCUGUCUUUACCAUCCCGUCAUCUUAUUACCCAGUGUGAUUAAUCCGUAAAAACGUGUUACGAUGUGUUUAGUGUCACUGGCUGUCAAAACGUCUUUCAUGGCAAAUUCUCUGUGUGUGUGUUGACUAUAUGCAGUAUAUACUGAGCUACUGUAGCCGUUUUUGUCCUUUGUCUUCUCUGUGCUCUAUCUCUAGUGUGGGGAAGGAGAGGAGGUGGGGUCAGACGGAAAAAAAACUAUCUGUUGGAUGAAUUUUAUCCCAAAAGUGGACAACCCUGCCUCUCUACCUCCUCCUCCUUCUCUUCCGUUUCCCUCUAUCUGCAGUUUUAGUGAACCCAGUGGAGGUUGUGGAAAUUUCGUGUUUGGUGGCCUUUGCAAAAAAGAAAAAAGAAAAAAACACACAAGUAAAAAUUGAUUGAGACCACCAUUUAAUUUUGCUGCUUUCUUUCUGUCUUUGUAAAAUUGCAUUUUUAUUUUCUAAUCCUUCUUCUCUUUUACUCGACUGUUGCUUUUUGCUGUUGUGUAGUCUUAUUCAAACCUCUUUAUCUUGUUGUCUUUUCUCUCAGAGAUGAAAAGAGUAUUUAACUAGCUCAAAGGUUUAUGGAGCCAUGUAUUUACCUCUAAGGAUUUCUGGGAUGGGUUUCCUGCUCUUGCACAAAAAAAUGGAAAGCAAAUAUUUUAUUCAAGAGAAACAACAUUUAAUAUAGAGUAUGAUGAGGGAAAAUCAGAUGACCGGUUUUAGAUAUACUGUACUCCCAACUGAAAAUCCUGGACUGUGAAACAUUUCCCAGAAUUCCUUUAGGGUUUUUUUUUUUGUGCAUUGGGUGUAUUUCAGUGGUUUGCACCAAAUCUUCCUAAACUCCCAUUUGAAUUUCUCGUUGGGGAUUGAACCAACUUAGGGUUUCAUUUGACGGGAGAAAAUCAAGCAUUGUCUUUCAAGAAACGAAUAAAAAGAAAUAUUUUAACAAUUUCUAUAAAUAUUAACAGCAGGAAAUCUUUUCUCACUAUAAAUCUAUUUUUAUAGGUGUUUUGGAAACUGAACUGCAUGUUUAGUAAUUACGUCUGACCCAUUUACUGUGAACAACCCAUGUUUGUUUAAUUUAACAAUAUUUUAGUCUAAUGGUUGUUGUUUUCUUAUGGUUUUAAAUCCUUUUUUUCUGUUAUGCUUAUAAGGAUAAAAUGAAGGCAGACUAAGAUUAAUUAACUUCUUUACAUCUCUAAAUAUUUUGCAGUGUUUUUUGUCUAUUAUGGUGAAUCACUGUCUUGCUAUUAAUACUAGGCAGUAAGCAAAACAUGAAAAAUAAAUAUUUGAUUUGAGUCAGCCAGUAUAUUAGUCAAUUUGGUUUGUUGUUUAUGGCUGAAUGUUCAGAGUUGUCAUUUCAGGAACAAUUUGUUUCCACGCUCCCUUAGAUUUAAACAUUAUCUCUCUAUGUGGUUUUGAAGGGAAUCGUUUAAUAAUAUAGAAAAUGCUAGUGUUAGUGAGUGAUCACUGGGAGACAUAUCACAAAUGAAACCAAGAAAUACACCCAAAUGUAACUAAAACCAAACAGCUAUUUCAAGCUGUUUAAAUUUUUUUUCUGUGUUUUUUGUCGAAAAAUGAAAACUUUGCUGGUGAUUUUAAACCCUAAAAAACCUUAAUCACAGCUGCUGUCAAAUACAUAGUGUUUCAAAUUUUCAAAUAUUGAAAAGUCAUCUCAUUUACCUGUGAAGAAACUGUGUCUGUGUUUUUAACUAUUUCUUGUACAAUUAAACAGAUUCUUUUAUGAGGAACCUGGUGCCAAGUAGCUGAAAUACGGGAAAGCGGGAAACUCUUAUUAUCAGUGUUAACAGUGUUAUAAAAUUCUAAAUACAAACAAAUUAAAAUAUUAAAAAAGAGAAAACUAUGGUACUAUGGUUUCUAUUUUUUGUGUAUAUGUUUUCCUCUUGUAAGGGGUUAAAAACUCAUGACAAACGGAUGCUAACUAUGAGUGCCUGCCAUGUGUUGAUCUUAUUUUGAAACUACAUUUUCAUUUAUCAUAAAUAACGCUGCAAAUCAAAAUUGUACGUUUCAUUUUUUUAUAGCUCUGUUCUUUUUUAAAGUUUGCUAAUUUCUCAUCUGUUUGGAAGAACAUGUCACAUACAUGGUUGUCUUUCUGUAACCCAGUUUUGACCAUCUUGCAGGUUCCAUAUUCAUAAUAAAAUGUUCUAUUAAAUUGGUUA